UGCACACAAUAUUGCGAAUAAUGGCUGUGCCUUGAUGAAGUACUGAAUGCAGCAUUCCUCCGAAAAAGGUCGCCUGCUGACUAAGUAAUAAAUUACAGGCGCUUGCGCUCUUCGUUUCCGCCGCUUAGUUCCCGCCGUCCUUUUUAUUGUCUUGUCAAGUUCGCAACCAUGGAAAGUCGAAGCAGCCCGCAUGCUCAGGUUACAUUUGUGGAUGUGCUUCGCGUGCUCGACAUGGCUACCGCUGACGCGCUUUUCAAGCACCUCGAAAGCUAUGAUUGGCUUAGGGAAGCACGUCUUGCCUUCAAGGAGCUCCGCAACAUCAUCGAUGGGAGCCUAAAGACCCUGAAAUUUGAGCUGGACAUGCAAUCCGACGUUGUCUGGAAGGCAGGAGCCAUGCCUUCCCUGUCCCGCUGGAACCGCUGCAGUGAAAUCUUCAUGACAGUUUAUGCCGGUGACCCAGAUUUAGACGAGAUGGAUUUGGCAACGCAGCUGCUCCUGCCUUUCGCAUCCGAGCAGCUGUCAACUCGGCAGCGCAUCAAAGGCCUGCGCAUCGAGCUCGGCGACCCGGACGGAAAACACGCCGAGGCCGCCAUCGCUCGUCUUGUAUUUUGGCUUCCAGCUCUCCAGCAACUAGAUGUCAUCGGCUUGGGACACGCCAUGUCGUACGACCCACUUCAGCAACAACUCAUGUACCGCGCGCUUGCCACCUUACCGGACCUAAACAUCCUCCGACUCCCGAGCUACCGCGGCGUCGAGCACAUCGGGGUCCUUGCGGCCAGCCUCAAGUUGCUAGACAUUGAUGUGGAAGGAGGCGAGGACAGCGACAUGGACAGUGAAGACGGGGAUCCGGAGAAAGACUGUUCAAUGAGCAAGGAGGCUAUGGCAGGUGUUUCGCAGCUUACGCGUCUGACCCAGCUUGACUUGCGCAAGUGCGGACCGCCGUUGGUGCCAGUUAACAGCCGCGACCGCAACAACGCCGGCGCCAACAACGCAGCAGCAGCAGCAGAUGCUGGGCACGCCGGUGGCGACGGCGGCACGGCCAAGGACCCCAUCGGCGGCUUGCCACAGCUGCUGGACAGCCUGCCGCCUUCACUUGAAUCGCUGUUUUUGAAAUGGGACGGCUUCGUAGGCCAGGACCUGGACUUCAAUAUGACUUUCGAGCUGCAGGACGGCGUCUGCAAGGCCCUGCAAGUGCUAAACCAUGAUGGAUGGGUCUUGGCUGAAAACCUGGCGCCGCUUGCACCGCUGCUGCGCGCAUGCCGUGUAGAGCUGCAGGGGCUGUCCUUUCAAGGGCUGGAGGUUAACACAUCGCUGUCGCUGAGAUGUGUUCGGGAGCUCAUGUGCCCCUCAACGCGCGUCACGAUAGAGGAGCUCGCAGUUUCUGAGACAGACGUGGCGGCUGAGGCGGUGGAGGUACUGGGCAGGCCAGGAAAGCUCGAAGUCUACACAACGGACGAGUACCUGCAGCUCACGCUGAGGUCUGCUGGGGAGCAGCAACGUCCACUGCCGCCAUCGCUGCCGGCGCCACUGGCACCCACUUCGCUGCUGACGGCAGCGGCGCUGCGUCAGCCGCACCUGCCGCUACCGACCGCCGACAGUGUGGCUGGGGCUGUACUGCAGCGCAUGGCAGCAGGCAGCUGCCAACCGUCGUCAACCUGCCAGCUGCUGCUGGUGCUGCAACUGCCACUGCGAGUGCAGAAGGGGUCCGAGUCUGUCUCAUUCAGCACGCCCAGUGCAGCUCUGAAUGAGGUCAUGCGGCGCAUCCGGAGGCAUGCAUGGAAGUGCGCUGGUGGCGGCGGCGGUGAGAGUGGGGAUGCUGGCGGCAGCGGUCUCAAGACAGAUGCUGGCGGCGCCGGUGGUAUGGCUGGCGGCGAUGAAAGUGCGGAUGGCGCUGGCAACGGCAGCGCUGGCAUCGCGCUCACCGCCGGCGUCAGCGGAAGCGGCUUAACCGGUGAUCGCGUUAUCCUUCCAAGCACUGGAGCCGCUAGAGAUGCCGUUGCUGUCGUCAGCGAAGCCGCGGGUGACGACGGCUGCAAGUCUACGACCGGUGACAUUGGCAGCCGGGGGUGCGGUGACAUGAGCACGGAUGUCGAAGCCGGCCGCGCCGAUCCAUUAACUGGCAGCGGCGGCGGUGGCGGUGGCGGUGGCGAUGCCGGCGGCGGCGGCAGCUCUCGUGAAAGCGGCCUACGCAUGAGGCAGGUGAAGCUCUACAAGGAGCAGCCGACUGGCAGCGACGGCACCGCCGCGGCGCUGUUGGUGUGUUCGAGGAAGCCGGGAAUGACGGCGGCUGUGAUGGCUGCAGCUACAGCCGUUGCCGCCAAGCUGUCGACGCAGGCGGCGGCGGCAGCGGAGGCGCCGGCGGAAGCGGUGGCAAGGGUUGACGCGCCGCAAGUGUUCAGUGUAGUUCCCGUCAUUGGAGACUUCCUGGAAGCUCUGCAGCAGGAGCUGCAGGCCCUGUGGGACAACGAGGACGCCAGGCGGCAAGUGGGCGAGCGCGAGUGGCUGCGACGGCUGCUGGGCAUCUGGGAGCAGCUGAGCGACCUGCCACCGCCGGUGCCGCUGUAGCUGGUGUGGGAGUGCCUUCUGUGCUUCUAGUUCCCAGUGCCAUUCGCUCGAGGCUCAGCUGUUGAGGAUGUUAUAAGGGCGCUGAAGGUGCCGAGCGGCGGAGUAACGGAGCAGUCGAGGCAGCGGCCAGGGAUAGAGUCGGGGCGGCGGCCAUGGGCCAUUGAAUAGCAGGAAUUCGGAAGCGGGGUGCAGCGUGGUGGCAUGGAAGCAGGGUGCAGCGAGGUGGCUUGGAAGCGGGAGGAGAGGUUCAGUCCGACGGUUCCUCGGUAGCCAUGGAUGGCAGCUCUUAUGGAUAGCGGUGACAGUGGUCGUAACUUGUGGGAGGGUUUCCGUCGGGCCCGACGAAAGCGGCUAAUUGGCCUAUGGUUCGUUUGUUGAUCGUGGACCCGUAGUUUGCCACUAACACGUAAACACCUGAAGGGCUUUGGGUUUUGCCUCGAAUCGUGCAUGGCACAUGGAUUCUUGCUUGGUCGGAUAGGGUUAGGGUGAGGCGUUUUACUAUCUGGACGGCAUGCCACAUAUGUUCUAUCUUCCUUUAGGUUCCUUAACAACAGCCUUGCAGCGGGCUAGCGUUAGCUGCGCAAUGACGCAGACGAGAG